AUGAUAAUUUCAUUGCUGCUAUUGCCUCACGGGCCACAAGAAGCAGCUGCACAGCUCAAAUUUGCUGCUCUUGGCAAUUGGGGGUUCGAUUCCGGUAGCCAACAACAGGUUGCCGAUACGCUAAAAAAAAUAGCACACACGGAACAUCUCAGCUUCAUGGUCAGCCCAGGCUCGAAUUUUGCGGGGGGAGUCAGCGGACCACAGGAUCCUAAGUGGAAACGUUUAUUUGAAGAUGUUUAUUCCGACCCUUCGGGAGCUCUAAAAAUGCCUUUCUUCACCGUUCUCGGCGCAGAGGAUUGGAGUGGAAACUACACUGCGGAGGCUAUUCGCACGGAAGUUGCCUACUCACCCACUGUUGCAGAAAACGAAGAGGGAUUAUCUAUUGCAGGAACUGCCGAUGCCACUUCGGCAAUGGAGUCUCAGCUAGCGACAACUUAUCCCAAGUGGACGUUGCCUAACUGGUGGUAUCACUAUCUUAUGCAUUUUCCUGCCAGCACCGGCACAGCCUUUAUCAAUUCGGGUCAUAAGGAUAUGAGUGUGGGCCUGGUAUUUUUGGAUACAUGGGUGCUUUCAUCCUCUUUUCCGUUCUCUGACGUUAGAACUAAGGCAUGGGAAGACGCAGAAAGGACCCUAUCUCUCGCAACGAAACUCCUGGAUUAUAUCAUUGUUGUGACGGAUCGACCAAUAUUUUCAAGCGGCUCUUCUAAGGGCGAUUCUGCACUUCAGUACUACUUAAAGCCGCUAAUCGAGAAAGCAGAUGUUGAUUUGUACAUCUCUGGAUAUGAUUUCAGUCAAGAAGUCAUUGUGAAUAGGGGGAUAACAUACGUGAACUGCGGUGCCGGCUCUUUUGGCGUUGGGUCGUCGAUGGUGAAGGAUCGCGGAAGCCAGUUUUACACUGGACAAGCGGGUUUCUGCCUUUUUGAAUUGAACGCUGAGGGCAUUGUCACACGGCUCGUGGACGGGUUGAGCGGAGAGACUCUAUUUGCGUACAAGCAGUUACUCAAGAGAAGACCUGAACGCAAGACGAUUGAUGCCUUCAAAUUUGUUAGCCAGUUGCCAGAGGUGAAGUACUGGGCAGUUCCCAGCAUGGGAAAAAUGCCUGGACGCGACGUCUUCGUGCGGGUUGUCGGGACAAUCGGACUGUGCAUCGCAACAUUUUUUGCCUCACUCUCAGUGGCCAGUCUCGUUUCCCGUUAUACAAAGUAA